AUGGCAGACGGGAAGCAGUCCGAGGUGGACCACACCUCGCUACAUCGUGAGCACCGCGCUGGCGACCUGGAAGAUCCGCCAAAGCUCUCGGUCGAGGCCGAUGCCGAGCGGCGCGGUCUGCAACCGCCGCCCAUCGUAGCCGCCAUGUCGUACGAGUACCGCCUCGAACUCGAGAAGAAGCUGAAGCGCAAGGUGGACAUCCGUCUGCUGCCCAUGAUUGUCGUGAUGUAUAUUCUGAACUAUAUUGACAGAAAUAACAUCGCUGCGGCGCGUCUGGCGGGCUUGGAAAGAGAUCUCAAUCUCGACCCCAACUCGAAUCAGUUCCAGACGGCUGUGAGCAUCUUGUUCGUCGGGUACCUUCUCAUGCAGGUGCCCUCGAACCUUUUCCUCAACAAGAUUGGAAAGCCUGCGCUAUACCUACCAACAUGCAUGAUCAUCUGGGGCGUCAUAUCCGCCUCCACAGCAGCAUGCCGCAACUACGCCGGCCUCCUCGUGAUCCGCUUCGUCCUAGGCUUCGUCGAGGCGGCCUACUUCCCCGGCUGCCUCUACUACCUCUCCUGCUGGUACACGCGCGAGGAGCUCGGCCUGCGCACGACGAUCCUGUACACCGGCUCCCUCAUCUCGGGCGCCUUCUCCGGGCUCAUCUCGGCGGGCAUCACGGGCAACAUGGACGGCGCGCGGGGGCUCGGCGCUUGGCAGUGGCUUUUCCUCAUCGAGGGCGUCGUGACCGUCGCCAUCGCCUUCGCGGCCUUCUUCGUCCUGCCCAACUUUCCUAGGACGACGGCGUGGCUGACUGAGGAGGAGACUGCGCUCGCGGUAUGGCGACUCGAGGAGGACAUUGGCGAGGACGACUGGAAGAACAGCGGGGAGCAGACGUUUUGGCACGGGUUCAAGACGGCGCUGGAGGAUGUCAAGACGUGGAUUCUGUUGGUCCUCAUCUUCUGCAUCGUCGCCUCGGCAUCCAUCACAAACUUCUUCCCCACCGUCGUCCAGACCCUGGGCUACAACUCGGUCAUCUCCCUCCUCCUGACCUGCCCGCCCUACGUCCUCUGCGUCAUCACGACCUGCAUCAACGCCUGGCACGCCGACCGCACGGGCGAGCGCUACUUCCACAUCGUCGUGCCCCUCUGCGUCGCCAUGGCGGCCUUCAUCCUCGGCGCCGCCACCCACGCGACCGCCCCGCGCUACGUCGCCAUGAUGCUCCUCGUCCCGGGCGUCUACACCGGCUACACCACGGCGCUGGCCUGGAUCAGCAACACUCUGCCGCGCCCUCCCGCCAAGAGGGCCGCCGCGCUGGCCUUUAUCAACGCCGUCAGCAACUGCAGUAGUAUUUACGCCAGUUACCUGUACCCCAAGAAGGACAGCCCCCAAUACACGGCGGCGUUUAUACACAAUUGCGUCGCCUGCUUUGUGGCAGUCUGCGCGGCGACGGUGUUGAGGUUCGUUUUGGUCGGGUUGAAUCGCAAGUUGGAGAGGGGAGAGCACGUCGAGGGGGCUAUCAAUGCUGCGCCGGGAGAGGCGGCGGCGCAUGGUUUCCGGUUCAAGAUAUGA